UCAAAUGGCGUCGCGUUUACGGAACGCCACCAGGUAUUCUCCCCGCCCCCGCUCCUCUCCCUCCCGCCUGAACCCUAGCCCUCCCAAAAUCCCAACCCUCUUCCAAAACCCUAACCUUAGCUCAGAGAACCCAGACGAGAUCCUCUCCGACCUCGAGCGUGGAAUCCCCAAUCCUCUCCUCCACUCCCCUUCCAACCUCCCCCCUUCGGUCGUCCUCGACGUCCUCUCCGAAUGCAGCCGAAGAAGUCCGGCAUUAGGCCAGAGAUUCGUCGGUCUCUUGGCCCAGAGAUCCGAUCUCAAGCUUUCGUCGGAAUCCCUCAGCGCGAUGAUCCAUAUUUGUAUCCGGAACCAGAGGACCUCCGACGCCCAGUCCCUGAUCCUCCGGAUGGUCCGGCGGAGGGGCACCUCGAGGUCGGAUAUCGUAGGUGCUUUGCUCUCCACCUACGGCCGUUUCGGAUCGAAUCCAUCUGUGUUCGACCUCUUAAUCCGCACCUACGUGCAGGCGAGGAAGCUAAGGGAGGCCUCUGAGGCGUUCCGGGUCUUGAAGGCAAGGAGGCAAUCCGUCUCGGUCAAUGCGUGCAAUAGCCUGCUCGCUGGCUUGGUUCGGGUGGGUUGGGUCGACAUGGCGUUGGAGAUCUAUAAAGAGGUCGUGGGAAUGGGGACUGAAUUGAAUGUCUACACUUUGAAUAUCAUGGUGAAUGCCUUGUGCAAGGAUGGAAGGUUUGAAGAUGCCGCCUUGUUCUUGUCAGAAAUGGAGAAAAAAGGACUUUUUGCAGAUAUUGUGACCUACAAUACUUUGGUGGAUGCAUGUUGUCGCAAUGGGCAUCUGGAAGAAGCCUUGGAGUUGCUGAAUUCAAUGGUUGGAAAGGGAUUAAAGCCUGAUGUUAGGACUUAUAAUGCUGUUCUGAAUGGGUUCUGUAAGAAUGGGAAGUACAAGAGAGCGCAGGAGUUGCUUGGAGAAAUGAUGGCCGGUGGAUUGGUGCCGAAUGCCUCUACUUCUAACAUUUUUCUUGGUAGGCUUUGUAAAGAAGGGAAUGUGAAGGAAGCAGCAAGGAUUUAUAAUGAAAUGUUGCAUCGUGGUCUUGCUCCUGAUAUGGUUAGCUUUAGCUCUAUGAUAGGCUUGUUUGCUAAGAAAGGGUAUAUGAAUAGGGCGCUAGAGUAUUUUAAAGAGAUGAAGGCAGCUGGCUUGGUUCCGGAUAAUGUGAUUUAUACUAUGCUUAUUGGUGGUUUUUGCAAGAUUAGUUUGAUCUCUGAGGCUCUUAAGAUGCGUGAUGAGAUGGUAGAUCAUGGUUGCAUGCCAGAUGUGGUCACUUACAAUACAAUUUUGAAUGGGAUGUGUAAGGAGCAGAGGCUACCGGAGGCGGAUGAGCUGUUCAGUGAAAUGACAGAAAGAGGGGUUGCCCCUGAUUUUUGCACUUUUACAACUCUCAUACAUGGAUCCUGUAAAAAUGGGUGCAUAGAGAAAGCUUUGAAUUUGUUUGAUAUGAUGCUGGAGAAGAAUUUGAAACCAGACAUUGUUACUUACAAUACUUUGAUUGAUGGUUUAUGCAAAGAAGGGGACAUGGAGAAGGCUAAUGAGUUGUGGGAUGAUAUGUGCAAUAGAGGAAUUUUGCCCAAUCUCAUUACAUAUAGCAUUCUAAUAGACUACCAUUGUAGUAAGGGGCAAGUUGGAAAAGCUUUUGGGUAUUGGGAUGAAAUGAUGGAAAAAAAAAUUUUGCCUAAUAUUGUGACUUACAACUCAAUUAUCAAAGGUUACUGUCGGUUGGGCGAUGCAUCAAAGGCUGAAGAGUUUUUACAAAAGAUGAUUCAAGAAAGGGUCUUUCCCGAUAGGAUAACAUACAACACUCUCAUUCAUGGGUUUGUGAAAGAAGAAAGGAUGCAGGAGGCUUUUGCUUUGCUUAACAAGAUGGAUGAUAAAGGAGUGCUUCCUGAUGUGAUCACAUACAAUGUGAUCAUAACUGGUUUUUGUGAACAAGGGAAGAUGCAAGAAGCUGAUUGGGUCUUCAAGAGAAUGGCCAACAGAGGAAUUCAACCUGAUAGAUCUACAUAUACAACCUUAGUAAAUGGCUUUGUUGCUGCUGAUAAUUUGAAAGAUGCAUUUCGGCUUCAUGAUGAAAUGCUGCAGAGAGGAUUUGUACCUGAUGAUAAGUUCUGAAAUUCUUUUGUGCAUUUUCAUCAAGAUUUGAGAUGGAAUUGUAGGCUGACUUUUUCCCAAUAUCAUGACUUAAGAUUCAGUUAAGGUUAUUGACAGUCUAUGUGUUAAGGCCAACACUCUAAUUUUCGUCUCAGUAAAUAAGACAAGAUUUUAUGAACUUUUCAUCUGGUUUAAAAAUUGACAAUGAAGAUUUCUGGAUGGCGGUAUCACAUGACAUUAUCAUACAAAUUGCUCAUGAAUUGAGUUCAUCAAACAUGAAGUACAUGAGAAUGUCAUUCAAUUUUUAAGAGAAUGAUUAGCAGAGGGUUUCAGUCUGGUGAAGCGUUCAACCUUCUCAAAUGGUUGCAAAAAUUUGAAAAAGGCAUUUCAGCUUCGUGAUGAAUUGCUGUGAAAUGGUUUUGUAUAAGCAUACCUAGUGCACUAUUCUUGAAGUAAGAGAAGGUAUGUAGAAGGGCAUGCUGGCCACAUUAAUGUGGCGUGGAUGGAUUAUUAACUCAUCGCAUUGACUUUUGGGCUAUGUUCUUCUAUUUGUAGAUCCUUGACUUUUUUAAAAACAGAUACCAUGUCUGACAUAACUAAAAUUUGUGGUUUUUAUUAAAAGUUUGAAUAUGGUUGUAGUUUUAUUUUUUGGCUCUUUCUUUGAACAAGAUAUUUGGAGCUUGAAAUAAUUCCUAUUUGAGAUUUCAUAUACUUGUUUGUUUUCAUCCUUUCUAUUUGAUGAUUUGUUAUCGACUCAUAGACAAAUGAUAAUACGUUUUUAAUUUGCAUUGGUUUCACAAUCUAUUCAUAGCAUUAGUUCUAUGAGGACCCAUGAGGAUUUGUGUUUAAUCUAAGAUUGGCUAUGCGCUGGAUAAAUCUUAGGUACUUAUACAGAGCCAAGAAAUCCAAAUAACAUCUUUUAGAUAACUUUUUUAGGUGAGAUCCUAGGUCAUUGCAAAUCAUAUCACAACGGACUCGGUCCAUGGCCUAUAUAGACUAGGGGAUUCUGUAGCAUGAGCUUAGUGGAGUUGACCAUGGGCUGAUCAUGGUUCUAGUGAUUGGAUUUGAUUGAAUUUGGACUUUUAGUUUAGCGAGGAUGCCAUGAUCUAAAUAGGAGUAUACGACAUGUGCAAGUAUGUGUUUAGUCCCAUAAUAGUUAUGUAUUGGGUAGAUCUUGGGUAUCUAUACCAGGUGAAGGAACUCAAAUAACACCUUCUAGCUAGUCUUUUUGGGCGAGGUUCUGAGUCAUUAGAAGUUCUUAGAAUUUUUGUAUGCUACAUAUCUCCUUUCUACCUUUCUUAGCGUUUUCUAUCUAUAGUAUAUUAUAACUUUUACCUACAAAGUAAAUUGAUGCAGUUAAAGAUGAGCAGAGAACCUUUCCAUAGUAAUUCUUUCUAAAGUGAAUUCCUAAAGGAGCCAUGGAGCAUAUUUUAUUUUUUCUUUCAUUUUACCCCUCUUAACUAUGACAAUUCACACUUGUAGGAGGUCAUAAGAAUUGCUUUUGUUAGUGAUGUAGUAAAGUUUUUGUGAUCUUUACUAUUUAAUUCUUGAAGAGAAGAAACAAAAGCUUGCUGCAUUUUUUUUGAUAAAACUAAUUAUUUUUGCUCCGUUAUUGGCCUUGUUUUCUUGAAUUUUUGUCCUUUUGCCCUUUUGAAGAGUCAAUUACAUUCCCUUCUUGAAAAUGAUGAGUGGCUGAUGCUGAAGAUAGAUUAUUGCUCUUUUUUUUCCCCCUCAUUUUGAUUUUUAUUAUUCUUAUUGUUGCUUCUCAAAUUUUAUCGCACAUUUUUUCUAAUAUGUGCAUGUGGAAGUAACUGUGUGCAUUGUCAUCUAUUGAUUCUUUGGUGUUAGUCUCUUGUGGACGAUGGUUUUACCUUUUAUUUUAUUCCCUAAGGCCUUGUUCUGUUGUAAGAUAGCAAAUUCCAGGUUAGCUAACCCUGACUCUUAGAAAUGCUUCAUGAUUCCCUUAUCCUUGUGUUAAUAAAAAGUGGAGUUCGGUUGAAACUUGGGUUUUAGUGGGAAAAGGUGAGAAAAGUGCGCAAGAGAAAGAGCUCCUUGUGUUAUCUUUAUCCCAACUUUUUUAGUGUGUUAGACUUAACCUGAUUAUUUCACUUUUUGUCCCACUGACCAUAUCGCUUUAAUCCUUCAAAAAAGCAGUCUUGUUUGGGAGGUUCGUGAGAUAACCCGUCUUUAAGCUGCAGUUAUCCUGUAACUAAACAUGGUGAAGUGUAGGUAUCUCCACCAUUGCUAUCGACGGUAGAUUCAAGUCAUUAUCUGCAUCAUUUUCUUUUUAAAUAACAAUUAUCACAAGUUCUUAGCGCAUAUGCAAAUAAAAUAAUUUGCCCAAAUUCUCAAGCCUAAUCAUCUAUUAGAAUUGCUGCCAAAGGUUAAAAGAUUUGAAACGAUUAGAAUGCUAAAAUCUUUGUGUCAGAAUCAUGAUUCGUUUCUCCAUUGAGUAAAAUCUAGUAUCUUCUUUUGAACAGGUGGCCUUUCUGAUUCUCAAGAGAAGAUGAUGCUGUUUGAAGUUUAGUUGAACACUCCCUGCAGGCAAAUAGAAAGAAUGACAACUUCCGGAAGGCUGGCCUUCUCUAGACUCUCAAGUCGCGUUUGCAGCUGAACCCGUGUCCACGUCACUCUCCCGCAACCGUAAUCCAGCACGUCCGCAGCCUUCCUCCUAGCUCAUAAAUUCGUUUCCUCAUCCCCUUCGGAACCAAGUCCCAAAUUUCACGCGUCCGCCCCGCAUCUCUCCCCUGUUCCAUGACAGUCAUCCAGAACCAAAUCUAGAUUAAAACAUAAGAAUCCCAGCUCACGGAAUAGAGCCGUGUCCACGGGAUGCUUCCCAGCGAAUCCAACAAGUCUCACACAACCUUAUCCCAAAAAGCAGAGCCAUUCCGCAUCUAAAGAACAAGCUCACCGAUCCGGAUUUGUCCCAGAUUUCCUUCCAUUCGUGAUAGCCUUCAUCACCCACGGAUCUUCCCAGCAUCUUCCUAACCUUCCACGACAUUCCUUCUCCGAAUUUCCCAGCUUCCCCCGCUAGAUCCCCUCCACGGAUAAGCUCUCAACAACGUCCACAAACAGAAUCCCUGUUUCAAGAUCGCAAUUCAUCCUCAUCCCUUCUCAACCGUGGGCAACAUUCUAGCUUCCAUGUCUCCGCGUUCAUCCUCAUCUUCCCAGCACUUUCCAAUCUUUCCGUGAUCCAUUCUCAUCUUCCUCUCUCCCACUGCAUCCAGCUCACGGUUCAUCACUUCUUCCCAACCAUUUCCCAUCAUCUGCGGCGGAGAUCAAGCCUUCACAGAAUCCCCUGUUUCAAGAUUUCAUCCCGUACAUUGCAUCCGUGCCAUCCUCUUCUUCCAUUCGCUCCCAGCAAAUCUUCACACCUCAACCUCAUAAUCAGUCCGGAUUGGCUUUGUUCCUCCCAGAUUCUGAAAUCACCUCCCACGAUUCUCUACUCCGGAUUAACUCCAUCAUCCACGGGCAGAACAGAGUUAUCCUCUCAAAACAGCAUCCAUCAUCUUCAUCUCUAUCCCGCGGCCAGCCGGAUUCCCACGCUUCCUCUGUGCAUCUCAGCAUGAUCCAUCCUUAUCCACUGCUAACCGAGUCCCAAGCUUGAUCCCGUUCGUGAUGACCAUCCAGGAUCCAUGACAGCAUCCCGAGCUUCACGGGUUACCUUCUAUCCAGCCUCUUCCGAAUCAUUCCGGAUCAUCCUUCCAGCGGAACAGAGGCCGAGUCUUCCCAUCCUUAUCCCAGAACAGUUGUAUCCUUCUCCCAAACCAAAUCCAGAGCCCGUCCCAGCCUCCCUCCGGAUCGCGUUCGUGAUCUAUCUUCAUCCCACGACCGCAUCAAAUCCCCUGCAUCUUGGAUUACAAGCUUAUCCCCUGCUUUGGAACCAACUCUCAACAUCUUCAUCUCCACCGUGUUGAACCAACAUCAGCAACUUCCGGAUUUCUCCCAACGUCCAAGUUCAUCCAAGCUGCCAGCCGAAUCCAGUUGUUCCCAGUUCCAAUCCAGCAUCAGAUCGAGCCUCAUCCUUAUCCUCCACUCGGAAAAAGGGAAGAAGUAGAGACUGCAGCCUAUAAAAGUCCCACGGUGAACAGAGGAGGGAAUCCUUUCGGAGGAGAUCCCAUCCAUUAGUUCUUCGGGAAGUCCCACGGGAAACAGAGAAGAAAAGAGGAGUUUUGAAGAGACGCUGGGAGCGGGCGAACGUGGAAGGGAAGUAGAGGAUUUUCCAAUGAAGACGGGAGGUCGUCAGGAAGCCAUGCGCAGCUAAACCUCGGUUUAGGAGUUUGAUGAAGCCAUAGAGGAAUAUUCGUUUCGUUUUUAUUGACUUGAGUUUGUAUUAUAAGAUUGUUGCAUGAUGAAAAAUUUAUCAAUUGAUCUUACGAUUUAUUCAAUUUA